AUGCUAAACAAAACAACCUCACCCUCUUCAUCUUCCUCUCCAGAAUCACCACCCUACUAUAAUAUUUCCUCAGAUAUUGAACCAUUUGACCCUCACUCUCCAACUCUGGCUCAGCUCCAAACACGUGCUCUGGCCUCUCAACAGCCAACACAAUCCAUACCUGAACCAGAAGUCACCUUAUCACCCACAGAAGAACCAAACACAACCACAUCUGACCCUCCACCAUCUGAAACAAUUCACGCUGAAUCACAACCACCCCACUCUGACAUACCCCCACCAAGUACAUUCGCUGAACCACAAACUCCCACACUCAACCUAAGCCCUCCCACUUCUCCACCCCUAGCCUCUGAACCUGAAAACACCCUUCCAACCCUUGAGGAAGCAAUAAUGGUGUUUGCAGAAGCUUCAGUUGACAAGGUCAAAGUGAUUAGUUGGAUGACCUCUGAAGCCUUUAAGCUGAAGGGCCUCUCUGAGCAAGUCCGUAACAACUUCGUCAGAGAUGCUGAGAUCCGACUUCAGGAGCGCCUAGCCAGAGAAGCUGAGGAGCGAGCACGCAAAGAAGCAGAAGAGAAAGCCAAGCAAGAAGAACUGCAAAGGAUCAAGGAAGCUGAAGCCAAAGCUCUAGUUGAUGCCGCUGCUGCCGCUGAAUCUGAAGCACAAGCCAAAGCUGCCGCUGAAGCUGAAGCACGCCUAGCUGAAGAGUCUGCCACCAGGGUAGAACAGGAUGCUCUGACUCAGGGGGAGUCCUCCACUUCUGUCCCUCUGGAGAGUAGCUAG